UGCACUUUGAUAUUUAUCAGAGAAAGAGGAGCAUUUGAGUUUUCUAUUCACGAGACAAGCACAGCAUGAGAUGCACUUAAAAACUAUUUCAUGUCAAGGAGACAUUUUACUAUUCUUUUAUCUUCAAUAAGUAUCUUCAAAAUUACCUCCAUUUUUCAGUUUGGGUGAACAUAGGUGGUUGGAAACCUGCACUCUAAUGUGAAGCAUGGUUCUUUUCUGAGGACAAUCUGCAAUGGAAAUGAUGUCCCAAGAGAGACAGUAACAACGUGAGAACAGUGAGCACGGAGCAUGCUAUAGUAAUAAGGGAAAUGGUUUGCAAACAGUCUUCCUCAAGAUGGUCCUGCUCAAGAACAAAAAAUAAUGGUUUACACAUUUCUUUAGAAGAAACCUUGCAAUGGGCUGAAUCUUUUCAGAAAAUGAUGUCAACACAAUAUGGACCUGCUGUUUAUGCUGCCUACCUAAAAACCGAGUAUAGUGAUGAGAACAUUGAGUUUUGGUUUGCUUGUGAAAGAUACAAAAAUAUAACUUCCAGGUGGAGACGAACGUUAAAGGCCAAGAAGCUCUUUAAAACAUACAUUAAACCUAAUUCUCCCAGGGAGAUCAACAUAGACAGCCCAACAAGAGAAGCGCUGGAAAAAGAAAUUCAGCAGCCAACUCCACAGAGUUUUGACGAAGCCCAGAUCAUCGUUUUACGGCACAUGGAAAGAGAUUCAUACCCUCGGUUUUUGGCUUCACUUUUUUACCAAACGCUUGUAAGCAAGUUAAAGGAAGAAAAUGUAACCACUAAGGAUGAAUCAGGCUGACUGUCUUCCACUAAAAGAUUUAAAGUUACUUUUUAUUAUUAAACAAGAAAAUCAAGACAGAUUUUCUUAUUCUUAUAGUGUCCUAUUUUUUACACUUUUACAUUAAUUCCCAAUACCAAGUAGUAAAGCCUCCAUUGUAUUAUAUCUCAGUAGCAUAUAAAGUGCAGGUACAAUUUCCAUAUUUUUUUAUAAAUAAAAUUAAAUCCAUUCAUUUUUGGGAUAAUUAUCUCAAUACCCAUAUGAACGAGCUUUGUAAAUAUGUACGGAAUGCAUACUAAAUAUGAGCUGUGUGGUUCCUUUAGUACAUACAUCCUGUUUGUCCUUGUCUCCAAAUACUAUAUGAUCAUAUAGAUUGGUUUGAGCAAGUUAUAUGUCUAUGAUUACCACCUGUAUAUAUUGUUAUCUGUUUGUCUGGCUAUGUAGGCUUUUAUACAUAAACAUAUAGGAGCAGGAGGAACUCCCAUUAAGUAAAAAACAACCUACCUGGGUUUUGGGAAUCAAAUAUUUUGGACACAAACAGUGAACAUUCCCUGGUUACUGCUUCCAUUUUACAUUUAAAUUCCUCUGGAAUUUGAAUACAUUUAGAGAUAGACAGUCAGACAGAUCAUAAUGCUGGUAGGUUGCAAUUGAUCUGUAGGUUUUUUCAUUUACGUGAUAUGCUGCAUAACUACAACUGUACACCAGUUAUCAACUUAUAAUUGUUAGUAAAUUAAUAUGUUGUAUAUACAGUAUACAAUAAA